GUACAAAGCAAGCGUCAGCAGACCUCUGGGGUCAACCAAGACCGGCCCAGGCGUCUGAGACUCCGGAUGUCACCGCUCGUGACUGGGAGAGCAGCCAGCCUCUCAGCUUAAAAUCGCAGCCGUGCGACCCAUUCAAGCGGCGCAAGCACGCUCGCGGCAGCGCCUGAAGACCACUGAAGGAGUCCCGUGCAGCGGAGCCAGGAUAUCCCACCACCGCUCGACCUACGAGUGGUAAGAGCCAGAGGGCAGUGGGAGGAGACCAGCCUUACGCGCGAACGGGAUUGAAACCACCACCACUCUCGACCUGUAGACAGCGACAGAGAGCAGUGGGAGGAAACGAGCUGUAUUACAUGCCGCUGCGCGCGACCUGGCGCCACGCGCUCCUCGUCCUCCCCACGGUCCGCUCCUGGAUGUCCUCCGCCAAAACGAACGACGGCCUCGUGACGAAUCUUGUGAGAGACGGAGUAGUGGAGAAAGGCGGCGCCGUCGAGAAGGCCCUGCGGCGCCUCGACCGCAAGAACUUCGCCGGGGCCGUGGCGCCGGCGUUUGGGCGCGGCGGCGGUAUUGAUGACCGCACGGCUUAUGCGGAUGCGCCGGUCCCCAUCGGGCCGCGCGCGACGAUCUCGGCGCCACACAUGCACGGGCGGUGCCUCGAGCUGCUGGCGCCGCCUUUAUUAGCCAAGGCCCAGGCCAGGGUCUUGGAUGUUGGAAGUGGGUCGGGCUACCUGACGGCGGCCUUUGCUCUACUGGGCCCGGGCGUCGCCGCGUACGGCGUCGACCGGGACGCUGGUUUAGUUGCUUUGUCGGUGAAAAACGUCGCGAAGGACAAUCUACAAAAAGAACUGGGCGACCGCGUCCGCUUCGAGCGGCGCGACGGCUGGACAGGUUUACCUGAUUAUGGACCCUACGACGCGAUCCACGUCGGCGCCGCGGCCGAGACGAUUCCGGACGCUUUACUGGACCAGCUGGCCCGUGGCGGCCGGAUGAUCAUACCCGUCGGCGGCGUGAACGCGGCCCAGUCGUUGGUGCAGGUCGACCGCGAUGUUUCGGGAAAGCUGUCGUCGAAGACGCUCUUCGGGGUGCGAUACGUCGAGCUGGUGGACGAACGCGGGUCGAUGGCGUAAGGCCCUUUUUGUGUGAUUUCUUAUCGCGUCGACGGCGUAGGGGAGACGCAGUGUGAGAGUCGUGUCGCGAGCGUCGACCGUGACGGCGUUGGGGGGCAGAAUACGAUAGAAACC